GGUGUAUGUAUUACUGUUUCAUUGCAACCGUUACAUUAGGUACCUACCACACAGUACCGUCACCGGAGUUUUGCCUGAUUUUCAUUUUGUUUAUCAUAUUGUUGCCAGCCUCUUUUUGACUAUUAAACUGCCCUUGAUAUAAAAACCUUAAGUUCAGAAAGAUGGGCGAGCGAAAAGUGCUUAACAAGUACUUUCCGCCGGAUUUUGAUCCAGCGAAACUUCCCAAGGGGAAGCGAAGGGAGACAAAUGAGAUGAAAGUGCGCAUGAUGUUGCCCAUGUCGGUGCGCUGCAAAACUUGUGGCGUCUUCAUGUACAAGGGCACCAAGUUCAACACGCGAAAAGAGGAUGUCAUGGGCGAAAACUACCUGGGCAUUCAAGUAUUCCGGUUCUAUUAUCGCUGUAAAAAAUGCGCGGCUGAGUUUUGCAUGAAGACGGACCCCAAGAGCGCAGAUUACAUUCUGGAAGCCGGCGCCACGCGCAACUACGAACCAUGGCGUGACGAGGAGGCCACCAAGGCCGAGGCCGUUGCGAAGCGGGAGGAGGAGGAGAUGGGCAAUGCCAUGAAGGCCCUCGAGAACCGCACAUUGGACAGUAAGCGAGAGAUGGACAUCAUGGCUGCACUGGAUGAGAUGAAGGCGCUCAAUGCACAGCACGCCAAGGUCACGACCGAGCAAGCACUUGAGGCGCUGCAAAAGGCCGCGGCGCAGCAGCAGCUAGACGAAGAUGACGUGAUGGAUGUGGCUGAGUUUUACCAGCUGCGCGCACAGGCGAACACGAAGCGGCUGGAGGACAGCGGCGAGGAGGAGGACGAGGAUGACGAGGGGAGGGAACGGGAGCGAGGAGGCCCCAGCGGCAGGAGCGGCCGAGCGGGGGCCUCGGCAGCUGGGCAAGGGCCUUCUUCAGCAGCAGGGCUCAGCGACCUCUCGCAGAUGCAGCAGCAGGCGGCGGCUGGGAUAGGUGGCGCGCGUGCUGGUGCUGCUGCGACUGCGUCCCAACAGCAGCAACAAACAAAGCAAAUGAAGCCGUCAAUUAAAGUGAUGGUAAAGCCUAAAGCACCGCUUCCAGCAGCGUCCGCAACAGUAGGUGCAGCUGGGGCGGCCGCACCUCAGGGAGCGGCAGAGGGGAGCGGCUCAGCGCUUGGGAAACGGCCUGUACUAGAAAUUGAGGGCGGCAAUCCCGGGAACGAAACAAAGAAGCAGAACGUGGGGGCGGAGCAGGCGCCAGCUUUGGGUGGCGGCUUGACAGGCAUGUUAGGUCAGUACGGCAGCAGCGGGAGCGAUUCAGAUUUGUGA